CUAGGAGGGUGCUAGAGGACGGGCCGCGGCAGAGCGGGCGGUGCGGGACGCGGGGUGAAGGGGAAGCAGGCGUCCCCUUCCUGGGCGCUUUACUUGCAGCCACGCGAAGCAUGCCUGGAGCCUGAGGCCUGCUUUCUUACCGGAAGCCCCUCUCGUGUCGGGAGUACCCAUCCCUGGUUGGAGGGAUCUCUCUCGCCACAAUUUGGACCCAGCUUCUGUUCUUCUGGGGCAUUGACACCCCCAGGACCGGAGGGCGCGCGUCCUGACCCCAUCUGUCCAACGCUGACCCCCUCCCAAAGUCUAAGCCUAAGUGUGACCUCUGACCCUAUCCUGACCGGAACAUACUUUGUUAGGCCCCACAUGGAACCUGAUUUGCCCUCACCCCGACUGUGAUCUCUGGCCCCACUCAGACGGCGCCUUGGACCCAGCCGGACCGCCAUGGACUCACACCCCACCUUGCCGCUGCCUUGGAUCCUCUGCUGGUGCCAGCCAUGCGCGGAAAGCUGUUGUUGAUGGCCGGUCUCUACCUGGUGCAGGGCCUGCCCUACGGGCUGCAGUCCGGCCUGCUGCCCGUGCUGCUGCGGGCCCGUGGCCUCUCAUUGACGCGCGUGGGUCUGGCCAAGGGGCUGUAUGCGCCGUGGCUGUUCAAGCUGGUGUGGGCCCCACUAGUGGACACAAGAGGCUCCCCACGGGUCUGGUUGGCGCUCAGUACGGCUGCACUGGGUGUGGUGUGUGGGUUGCUGGCCUCACUGCCUCCAGCUGAGGAAGGCCAGGUCGGGCUGCCCACCAUCACGGCUGUGUUGCUCCUGCUGCUAAACCUGGGAGCAGCCGUGCAGGAUGUGGCCCUGGACACGCUGGCUGUGCAGCUCCUGGAGCCAGCCGAGCUGGGCCCUGGCAACACAGUGCAGGUGGUUGCCUACAAGCUGGGAGCGGCACUGGCGGGGGGUGGGCUGCUGGCCCUAGUGCCCACUCUCUCCUGGCCCCUGCUCUUCCUGCUUAUGGCUGUCACCUAUUUGCUAGCUGCUGCACUGGCCUGGGCCUCACCAGCCCUGGAGCUGCUGCCACAGCCGCAGCCCUCAGAGGCAGCUCCACGUCCUGGGCACCACCUGCAGGCCCUGUUGGCUGUGCCUGGGACCCUGUGGACAGCCGGCUUCGUGCUUACCUACAAGCUGGGUGAGCAAGGCGCUGGCAGCCUAUUCCCACUCCUCCUGCUGGACCGUGGCGCCUCUGCCCCGGAGCUGGGGCUGUGGAAUGGCAUGGGUGCAGUGGCCUGUUCCAUCGCUGGCUCCUCACUGGGCGGGGCCCUGCUGGCCAGGCACCGGCAGCCACUUCCCCUCCUGAGGCCAGUGUUGCAGCUCCGCCUGGUGGGCCUUGCCUGCCAAACUGCCCUGCUCUUCCGCCUGGACGCCCUGGGGACGGGUGUGGGUCUUGGCACAGUCCUGAAAGGGGUGUCUUUGUUGAGCCUGUGUUUGCAGCACUUCCUGGGGGGCCUGGUCACCACUGUCACGUUCACUGUGAUGAUGCGCUGUAGCCAGCUCGCACAUAGUGCUUUGCAGGCCACGCACUAUAGCCUCCUGGCUACCCUGGAGCUGCUGGGGAAGCUGCUGCUGGGCACGCUGGCUGGCGUGCUGGCUGACAGCCUGGGGCUGCGGCCCUGCUUCUCCCUCUUCCUGGCUCUGUCGGCUGUGCCCACCCUCUACCUGGGCCUGGCGCCCAGCUCCUUGGCCCGAUAGCCAAUAAAAAACAAGUGUGCGGGGGCUUGGCUGUGUGGAUGACAUG